AUGCUCGGCGCGACUAACGGCCACUGUUUCUCGCGUUUUGGGCAACCACUACGAAAUUGUGCUUCGGAACCAGAACCAUACGCACUCACAUUGCAACAGCGAAACCCAAUCUUCAAGUUACUUGACAACAGCUACGCUGCCACUCGACAAUCGCGAUCUUGA